AUGACUUAUCACCGGAGUGGUGGAGAUGCAGACAGGUUACGCACGGUGCUGGCGGUGGUGGAGGUUUGCAGUGCCUCUUUAACGGGACGCUGUGACGUAGCUGUAGCGGGGGCACUGCAGCUGGACCCCUCCCGAACCGCACCAGAUGGAGGAGCCUGCAUGCCCUGCUGUCAAGUUUGCGUCUUCGCUGUGACCGCAUUCCUCAUUGUCGCAGAGAGGACAGCGCUGAUCUACUCCUUUGUUUACUACUUAUGGAUCGGUCACAACUACUGCUACGCUCAUCUUGCUGGAUUGACUGCUCUGUUCCUGCUGCCAGGAUGGGGUCCUCAGUGGCUCAGUUACCUCUGGUAUCUGUCAGAUGGACGCAUUCGCAGAAAAUCUCUUACCUGGACUCACAUUCUGCACCUUGGCAUCUUCAAAAGGCUGUGGGAGUGCAUGCGUCUCCCGGACAUGGACGUGUAUGGAGAGAUCAUGCAGCAGGCAGAUGCAUCAGCUCUGCGUCUGCUCGAGGCUCUGGUCGUGACGCUCCCUCAAACACUACUGCAGACCUACGUCCUCAUCUGCACGGACAUCGGCAUCAAGUCUCCAACCUCCGUGUGCUUUGCGGUGUGUGUCCUGUCUCUCGCCUGGGCGUUGGUCCUUUACGCCAGGGCCUGUUCUCUGAUCAGACCCGGACACCUCCACAUGACGCCUGCUGCCAUCUUGUGUCGCCUGCUCUGGAGGGUUGGCAUGUUGGGCUCCCGCUUUGCAGUCCUUAUGCUUUUCACACGGAUAUUUAAACAGUGGAUUCUAGGAGUUAUUGGAGUUCACUGGCUGGGUGCAACAUUUUGGAUGGUGUCCCAGCAGACUGAUAUUAUCCGCUCAACAACUCGAUGGAGAAUUUUCAAUGUCGUACUGGGAGCUAUCCACGUCUUCCUUUUCCUCAAUGUGAAGUAUGGUCAGUCAAGAUAUCGCAUGGCAGGAUUCUAUUUGGUCAUGUUUUUGGAAAAUGCCUUCCUUCUUCUGGCUUCUUCUUGGUUGUUUACAAUGGUGUCGUGGGAUACAGUCGGCAUCCCAGCUGCUGUCUUCUGCAGCUUCCUUAUAGGUGUCAUUGCGUUAGUCUUGUACUAUCGCUUCCUUCAUCCCAAGUCCUUUGAGAUCUUUCAGAGUAUUCGUCAUAGAGGAAUAGGUGGAGCAUGCAUGGAGCGUGGAUCUUCACUUACUCUCAACGAGAAAGAUCCUGCCUCUUACCAUCGACAAGCUACACUUUGUGGUGGUGGCACCCUGAUGGAGCUCCCUCACCAAUGGGAAGGCUGGAGACAUCACCAUUGGCUGCUCAUUCGUUUGGCAUUAAAAACUGGAGAUGUGCCGCGAAUAUGGUCAGCUUAUGGUGAAGGGGGAUUGGCUGGACUCAUGGGUCUCUCUGAAGAAAUGCACUCGCCUGAUCAACCUCAUCUCCACCGGGUCUAUCCUCUCCAGCCCACAGUUCCUGUUGUUCGUCCACCAGCACCACCAAAAGAAACUGAGAUACCCAAACCAAAAGAAGUCAUCCCGCCUACUAAGCCCGUUCCCAGCACUGUGAUAGCGAGACCUGUGAGACAGACUCCUCCAGCAAAAAUACAGGAUAUCAGACAUUUUCCAGAGAUUAUCCCAGUCCAAGAGGCGAUUCCAGAAGAAUCUGCAGAAGAUGAACUCAGCAUCGCUCUGUCCAGCGCGGCUCCGUCCAGUGUUGCUCUGUCCAGUGCUGCUUUGUCCAGCGCUGCUCCGUCAGAACGAGGUGAAGAUGACUAUCAAAGUGCUGCUUAUGGCUCAGUCACUCCCUCUUCCCCUCGCCCCGGGAGCCUGCAUCAUGGUGACAGUAAUGCAGCUCUGACUGAGGCCUCCUCCUCCGUGGCCUCGCUGGACAUCAAGACUCCAGGAUGGUCACCAGAGCGGCGCUCUCCACUGAUGCUCACCUCUCCAGAGAGGAGGCCAGGCUUCCCGGUCGACACCACGCUGUACUUCAGUGCAGACGCACACUCUCCCUCCAGUGGGAGCUAUCUGGGCUGGGGGUCAGAGUUGUCCCCUAUCUCCAGCUAUAGGAGUCCAUACAGGAUCAAGGAGGCACGUUUUAUUACCUCCACCCCACGUGCAGAGCCAAGAUCUGGGACAGAAAGCCCUUCUCCAGUGGUGGUGAUCCCGGCCACUCCUGGAACCACUCCUGGGGCCACUCCUGGGACCACUCCUGGGGCCACUCCUGGGGUCACACCAGGCGGGACCCCUGGUACAGCGACUCCUGUGGCUUCCACUCCUGGUACGAGUACUCCAGGAACCCCCAUAGUGCCCCUCACACCCAGCACUUCACACGCCCGAAAACAGAUUGUUCAGUUUCUAGAUAGUCGAGAAAGAAUGAAAGAAGAAGAUAGGAGUCUGCACCAGGGAAAAUGUGGAGUGCUGGCUUUCUUGUAUUUGCUGUCAGUUGGGCGGUGA